GUGCAUUCAACAGUAAUUUAGUUUGUCGUCAUUCGAUCAUACACACACAGAUGCAUACACACCAAAUACCCAAUUAUGUAUUAACCGAUGUCGUGAAUUCGAAUUGACCUUUUGCUAGAUAAACAACGAAAUGAAUUUGUUGCAUCUUACAACAAACUAAAUAGUCAACGAUUUUUAACGGAAUAGAUUGUUAACGCGUUGCAAUCAGUGACAAUGUUAAUUAGGUCCGUUUUUCUUGUAGUAACAGUUUUACCCUUGGUGUGGUCGCUGGGAUUAAGGGAAGAGUUUACUUGGACUCGCAUAAAUUAUGUAAUGUUUUCGAGCAGAUAUAACGUCGGAAGGAAACUGAAUAACUUGGGCGAAAAUACGGAAAUUGUUUUCCCUUCUGAUGAUCCAGUUUCGGGGGUAGGAAGCGAACUGAAUCAAAAUGAUGAUUACAUUUACGAAAACAACAUCCCAAUGGGCGCAAACCGCUGGGAGGAUAAGCUGUUUAUUACCGUGCCCAGAAGGCGCAAUGGGGUACCAUCGACGCUCAAUUAUGUUUCGAUUAACAGUCGCAAUCGCCACAAUGUACCCCUCAUCCCCUAUCCCGACGCGGAGAGUAAUAUGUUGCGGAACGAUGGUACAAAUGGGAUAGUUUCGGUUUACAGGGUCGCUGUAGACGUUUGUGAUAGGUUGUGGAUGGUAGACACUGGUACAAUUGAAUUACCCGGGAAUAUCACCCACGUUCAACCCCCGAGCAUACUAAUAUUUGACCUGAAAACUGACAGGUUGAUAAGGAAAUAUGUUCUUAAAGAAAGAGAUUACACGUCGUCGUCCACCUUAGCCGAUGUUACCAUCGAUGUUACCCGUUCGGAUUGUACCAACGCGUAUGCGUACAUUCCCGAUGUCGGAGGGUAUGGGAUGAUCGUGUACAGUUUCCACGAAAACGAUUCGUGGAGGGUUACCCAUAAUUAUUUUUAUUUGGAACCUAUAGCUGGAGAAAUGUCUAUAGGUGGGUUCAAAUUUCAAUGGAACGAUGGUAUUUUUAGUAUCGCCCUGGGUAGUUUACGAAAGGACGGGUUUAGAACCGCUUAUUUCCAUUCGAUGGCUGGAAUAAGUAUUUAUGCGGUGUCCACGAGGAUUUUAAGGAAUAAGCAGUUGGCUACAAGGUCCUACCAUGGAGACGAUUUUAAGGUUGUUGGGCGUCGUGAACUCGGAUAUCAGUCGUCUUCAUCUGCAUUGUACCAGUCGAAUGGGGUUUUGUUUUUGGGUUUGGUGAACAAAAACGCUCUCGGAUGCAUCAAAACGGGACAACGUCUGAUGGCCGAUCCCGUGACCGUUGGGAUCGUCCAAAGGGAUGACAACAAGAUGAUUUACCCUUGCGACGUAAAAAUUUACAAAAAUGACGUAAUCUUACUCACUAAUACCAUGCCAGUGUUCCUGUACGGGAAUUUGGAUUAUUCCCAAGUUAAUUUUAGGGUUUGGAUGGAGAAUGUGGACAAGGCACUGGAAGGAACUGGAUGUUUAAAAAGAUGAUUGAUGCAAUUGUUUCUUUCAUUUGUUUGGUGUAUAUAUAUCUAUUCAGAUAAAUAAAAUUGUAUAAUACACGGACAAUGAUAAUUAAA